AUGCCAGGUGAAGCGUCCGGUGACGUGGUGGCAACCACCUCGGCCGACUGGGAGACGCAAUAUGAAAGAGACUUCGACGCGCAGCAGAGCAGUGGCCCCUUCAUGUUUUCUGAAAGUGAGCGUCGAAAGAACCGCGAACUUUUCUCGCGGCUGCGUGACCUUCUCCCCUUCGACGACGCGUACAAGGUGAGCGACUGCGACCUGAUGUAUCGCUUUCUCAUUGGUAAGCACUGGAACGUCGCCAAGGCGGAGAGCGGGAUCCGCAAGUACGUGCAGCUGCGCAAGUCGGACAAUCUCGACAGCAUUAUUGGGGAGCAACUGCACCCCACCAUUUCCUCGGUGCUGUCGCCCAUGCACAACGGCAUGCCGUGUCCCAUCUACGGCCUCGACAGGGAGGGUCUCCCCGUGCUGUGGCUUUCGCCGGACGCCGACAAGCUCGCUGCAGCUAUGAAGGACUUUACCAACGAGCAGCUACUGCGUUGUCAGCUGUGGUCGAUGGAGCUGGGUCGCUACGUCUGCCUGCGGCGGAAGGUGGAUCGCUGCACGUACGUGGUUGAUCUGGGAGGCAUCACCAUGUCCAGCGUGAACAAGGCAACACUGGCGCUUCUCAAAAGUGUCAUGGACCUGCUGCAGGUUGCCUACCCUGAGAUCAUGCGCCGUCUGCUCUUCUUCAACAUGGGGUGGACGGUGUCCGCCGCCUGGAAGGUGCUGCGGCCGCUGGUGGAUGUACGCGUGCAAGACAAGAUCAAGUUCGAGAGUGGCCCACCAACGUUAGCGGCGCUGCAGCAGUACAUCGCAGCUGAUCAGGUGCACCCUUCAUUUGGCGGCACCGGAUCUGUAAAUGCCCUGGACACGAUCCUUGACGCUGAGGUGCGCCGCAUCCGGGCGCGUCUCGAAGACCGAGCUCCCCCACAGCCUGCCGCUGACACUGUCUCGAUCACUCACAGACCUUCCGUGAUGUCGUGCCAGGACGCGAGCCAGCUGAGCGGAGAGGCGCUUACGCUCUAUAGCAUCUGCUCGACACCGCCAGGAACUACCUGCUCGUCCCCCAAUGUAAGCCCAUUUCCCGAAUCCGAUGUCCAAACAGAAAAGAGGGAGCGGGUGGUGGUCGGCGCGCACAGUGCCGUAACUGCUUGGUUGGCCAAGACGAACGCCGCCAAGGGGACAAUGGAUGCGCUUGACGUGUCGCUCAAUGUCGUCUCCUGGUUCAGUGAGUAUGACUGCGACAAGGAAGAAGCAUCCUCGACUCCCGUCGCUGACGACGCGGCGAAGUACUCUAGCCAUGGUGCUGCUUUGCUGUCGUUACAUGGCUCGCCGACAAACGAUAUCGUUGCCUCUUCACACGAGUCGGAGCCGAUUCAUGUCGCGAAGGGCGCAGGGCCCACAAUGCAGCAGCAGACAGAGUUACCAAGCUUGACCAUCUCGCUAACGUACGGGGCUGACGGCAGCAUCAGCGGCUACUGUAGACAGCAGUGGAUCGGAUGCUUCAAACAGGGUCUGUUCUACACCCCCACCCUUAAUGACGAAGACUCCACAUCACAGUGGCGCUUUUCCUCCCUCCUGCCCCCACCGCAGUGCUCCACUCCUCGUGAUUGCGCUGGACGCAGCGUGGGGAUGCGGUGGGGUGAACUUUUGAACGAGGCGGGCCACCCCCUGCACAACUUCCUCAUCGUGUGCGACGCUCAGCGCCGCGCCCGCUACCUGCUGCGCGUGAGUCGCCUCCGAACACGGCUGACCAUCUACAGCAUCGUCGGGGACGCCGCGAUACAUACGGAGCAGAAUAACCGGCACUACGUCGAGGGCGAGCGUGCGAAGCUGGGCGUCGUGGUUCCUCAUUCCAGCACCAUCAGCUGCGGCGACAAAGGGGCUUGGAUGCUGUACGGCGAGGAUGCGACAAAGCGCUUGUCUCGUAACCCAACGCGGCACCUGCAGCAGCUCCUCUCGAAGGCGAAACGGGCGGUGUCGACAGCGAAGAAGAGCGGAAGCGGUGCUCCACAGGACAAGGCGUCAAACGGCCGCUGGUCAGCGUCCAUCUUCUCCACCUUGGCUCCAAGCCCUCUUGAUCAGUACAGAAAAGACCGGGACGCGGCGGUGGAUGACGGCACACAGCUACUCGCGGAGUGCAAGGGCCAAACCAUCAGCUUCUACAAGCUUUUGACCGAGAACUCGCUGUCCGACUUGUUUGCCCUGACCGUCGCCAUCACACAGUCAUGGAAUAAUGAGAUGGGCAGCUACAAGAACAAGGCGGUAGCGUCCAAGGCGACGUUGUAUUCCUCUGAGGAUGAUGUAAUAGCAUAG